AAUAUACAAACGUCAUUAUUUCAUCAAAGUUAAUUUUUUUUUGUCCGACUGAACCAUAAUUGAACGGAUUGAUUUGUUUGCAGAAAUAAAAUGAAUUAAAAAAUAAGUAGUACCUACAUAAAAUAAAUUCUAAAAAUGAUAAGAUAAAAAUAUUCAUCUUGUUCAGAUGCUAGUUCAGCCGUGCCUAUAUUUUUGUGAUUAAUUUAUAGGUAAUCUACUUUACCAUUCGUUCUACUAAAUUGAUUUAAAAAUGAGUUUGGUUGGGAAGAAGUGCGAAUCAAUUGCCAUUACAGAUUCAAAUAAAGAUGGUAUCAUCAGUGAAAUAACACCAGAUGAUGUAUUGCGCCUGGACAGGAUUACUGAUACAUAUCUCUGUAGUCCCGAAGCCAAUGUAUACGACAUAGAUUUUACGCGAUUUAAAAUUAGAGAUUUGGAGACUGGAACAGUGUUGUUCGAAAUAGCAAAGCCUCCAACUGACUUUGGCGUGGACAAUGAGGGCACUGAGGAUACUCCAGAGGAGCCUCUCGAUCCAAAUGCGGGAAGAUUCGUCCGAUACCAAUUUACUCCUCAAUUUUUGAAACUGAAGACUGUCGGAGCCACUGUGGAGUUCACAGUAGGUUCCCGACCAGUAAACCAUUUUAGAAUGAUUGAAAAGCACUUCUUUCGAGACACAUUGCUCAAAACAUUUGAUUUUGAGUUUGGAUUUUGCAUUCCAUUUUCUAGAAACACCUGUGAACAUAUAUACGAGUUUCCAGCCCUGCCAUCUGAUCUAGUUGAAGAAAUGAUUGCAGCACCAUUUGAGACUUGUUCGGACAGCUUUUACUUCGUGGAUAAUCGCCUUGUGAUGCACAACAAGGCAGAUUAUGCAUAUAAUGGUGGUAUAAACAACUAAAUCUUUCACUGGCAUGCUGAACUACUUAUAUAGUAUCACUUGUGUUUUUAUGAUAUGAAUGCACAUGCUUCAAUAUAGCCAUUGUGCUGACUGUACACUAUCUGCAAAGAGUUCGCCAAAGCCAAGUUACAAUAUACAUUGCUGGUAUUUUAAUGCUGGUAAACAAAUGAUCUCAUACAAACUAUGCAAUUGACUUUAAUUCCCUUAGGCAGCUGUCUGAGUUUACCAAUAGUGUGUAGCCAGCAUUAUGAAUGAAAUCCUAUAUUUAUACUCAGUUUACAAAAAAUUUGCAUUCAUUAUCAUUAAUGAAAAUUUAAGUGGCACUAUCUAAGACUCCAUUUGUCAAUCAUCAAAGUUUGUUCAAUCCAAUAAUAUUGCUAUCUCUUUCAUCUUGCAUAACCUUACGAAAGAGAUAGCAAUAUAUUCGACAAACAAAUUUGAUAAAAGAAAUAUAAGCUAAUGAACUGUAUAAUAGAUUUACUUAUGUUCUUAUUUACAAUUCCUAAUUGGCACUCAUUAUUUUAUCUGGAAAUUUUAAAAAGUGUUUAUUGUUAUAUUUUACACAUUCCAUUGGUUUGUAAUAUUGAUUGUUUGAUAUUGUGAUCUAAAUUAUUGUGAUGUAUAUCUAUUUACUAUUAUUAUCAAACAUUUUAGUUAAGUACUUAAUUUUAAUCAACUUGAAUUUGUAAUUUAUGGUUUCAUAAUUUAUUGUUAUAGAUUUUCUCAAAGUGAAACUUACAUUUGUGAGAGAAACAAUGAAAUCAAAGAAAAUGAAGUAGGAUGUGGUACAAUUUAAAACACCGAAGUUAUUCAAUAAUAAAAAUUAAGAUAAAAUAUUUUCUAGCAUACAAAUAGACAAAUAUGUUAAGAAAGCCAUUGAUCUUAUAUGUAUACUAGUUUUUGAGUUUAUUGCGAACAGACAGACCGACACGGCAGAGGACUUUGUUUUAUGUAAGGAUAAAAAUAAUCCAUUUUUAGCUUCUUGUUCAUCAGAAAACUAGGUGUGAAUACAGUAAUGGACUUUUGGGUUUUGUAUGCUCCAUAUAGGUUCUAAACUUGGGCCUAAUAGCCAUAGUAAUAUUUGCCUAUUUCAAAGGCGAGUUAAGUGACUAUCGUGUGUAUUAAUGGAAUAGCGCCUUUAUGCAAUCAAUAAUAACUGACCAAGGUCGCGGUGUGUCACCAGCGUGCGUGAUACGGUUGAAAUAUUUGUUAUGGGUGGUGGGCGGGGAGGCUUAGUUCGAUAGACAAGGUUGCUUACUCGGCGUCAUAGGCAAAGAAAACUAACGACAUCGACCCAGCUUAGCCAAAUUAAAAACAUUUCUUAACUUCAAAAAAUUCAACACAUACGUUCAAUUUUUGUCGAUACCGUUUAACUAAUAGUAGGUUAGGUACCUAUAACUUGAUGGACUAACCCAUCUAUUGCAUCUAGAAUAAAGUGGGCGUUGGUGCAGUGGGUAAAGAUUGAGGGACAGAAUAUAUAAGCGCUCUGUCCCGUUUGUUAUAUAAUACAAGCUUCUCUUGUAUAAGUGAAACAAAAGAUAUGACGAUGUCUGUAGUUUUCUAUGGCUACGUCACGGUACCAAAAAUUGUAAGUUGUAAUAUUGUAAUCAAUUGCAAUGAUAGAUUAGCUUCAUAUUCUGAUGAUUUUACAAAAUCACUCUCAUUAAUGAAUGCCUCUCACGAUAUAACUGACUACUUUUUCAACUUUUUGAAUAGUAAAUAAUUUAUUAUCUAGGUACUUAUUUGAAAGUUGUUUAUGUACCUAAUUAGUAUAUUUCACAUUCCGGUAAAGUGAUGCUUUACUUUUCCAACAUAAAACAUUGUAUUUGUCUUUAUUUUAAAUACUAUUUCUUGAAUCCAUUAUUUACUUGUCAAUUUUUAAAGUACAUUAUCAGUAUUUGCUCAUAUUUUCUUUUUAAGCUUUUUCCACUAAUCAUAUACUCAUCAUAUAACAUCAUCAGAAAAACACAUAAAUACCUCUUCAUUACCAACCGAUAGCCAGGUUGUUGCGGAGUUAUCAUUAGAACCUUCUUCUAAUUCGAGAGAUUUUAGUAUCCAACAAAUAUAUUUUUUGAGUUUGAAAUCAAAUAUAAAACUAUCCUACUGAAUAGUGGGAAGGCAACUUUAUCUAUAUAGGUACUUGACUUAUUGAGAGUGCCUUUAUUGAGAAUUUGUUAUGGACACUUCGUUUUCACUAUUUAGCACUUAAUGUUUAUUCACUUAUUGUAUUAUUGUGUGAAACACUUUUGUAAUGUGAGUAGGCUAAGUGGGUGCUUCACUGAUCUAAAAACUAGUCAUUCGAAUAUAAUUAAUUGUAAAUCUAUUCUGUCAUGAAAUAUUGAAACAAAUAACUUGAAAUACAGGGAGGACGUAAUAAUACAACAAAUUAUAAGAUUUACCUUAACAAAAUCAAAUCAAUAAAAUUGUCUUUAUUGUUUUUAAUUAUAAAUGUAAUCAUGUUUUAAAUUUACAAUUAUUUUCCAUAAUGUUAUAAGUCAUUAUUCAUUACGAUCUCGUCAGAAGAAGAAAUAUAUACUCAGUUUAUACAUAUUUAAUGGUUUUUAAUAUAAGACUGCUCCGAAAUAAUAGUAAAGUACUGUAAAAGUAUUGUGCAACCUACGAAUACGUUUCGCAGUUUAACACAUUGGAGUUUAAAGGUUUUAACGGCAUAAUGAUUAUUUUAUAUUCCAAGGUGGACAGAAAGCAUUAACGACAAUAAUAUUAAAACAUUAAGACUUAAAUAGUUUGGUUCGAAACUCUACCUAUGCCGGCUAUACAUUAUCGCGGAACAGUUCGCAGAACUUUGGCGGAUUCGGCAUACCUACAUUGUUGUAUUUUCAAUGUGUAAUUUUCGUGCAUUCGCGUCGACAUCUGUCAGGAGUUCGGCGAUUGUUUAUCUGCCGGCAUUACAAAACUAAUGUUUGUUGUUUGUUUUGUACGGUGUAAGCCAGUGGAACCUCACACUUCGUAUAAUUUAAGGUCAAAACACGGCUGCAUCAGCCAUUGCUUUCAAAUAUUUUUGAAAGGCCUACCACGAAAUACACAAACACGCACGCAGCACGUUACUAACGUCCACAAGCUAUCCCUUUUCCCAUAUACCGUGUACGCAUCGUGCAAAAAAAAAGAUAGAACGUGUGGACGCACUGACUUGCUAUGCGUUUGUGUUGCUAUUUGCAGUAUGGCGGUUGGUUUUAUCGCAGGAACUAAAAUGAUUUAAAACAUUUGAACUCUUAUAAUGCCGUCCAAAUUGCUUGUCCAAUCAAGCGAACUUAUCAUAAAUUCUCAAGACUAUAAUAUUGAAUGUGUUCACGUGUGUGUUUAUUUGCUAUAUGUUUAAUUUAUUUAUGUAAUGGUAGAUAUCAUCCACGGAUGUUGCAGUAGCGAUGUGGUAGGUAUGUAAUUGUUAAGAUGCAGAUUACUCUGUAGAUAAGGCUGAGGUGCAGAACUAUUUAAAUCUUUUGAAGUACUAUCUUGACCGCAGACUUAUAUGUAAACCUCAAGAUCUCGACCAUAUUGUUUUUUAUUCUUACAAGAAUAUUCUUGUGUGAAAAAAAAACUGAUUUUAUAUUUUCUCCAAACUUUUGAUUAUUUUAUUUGUAGAAAUCGAGUGGUUUUUCAGUUGUAAACACAGAUAUAUGAACAUUAUGUUCAUAUAUCUGUGUUAUAGGUUGUAAACGGUUGUAUUUUAAUCUAUACUAAUAAUGAUCUGCCUUGUCACUGUCACUACACUAGUUUGUCGAUGAGAUAAAAAAUAACAAUAAUGA